AUGAAGGUUUCCACGUUUUUGUCGGCGCUCCUCGUCGCCGACGCGACAGUACACGGUCUUGUGUCACCACCAAUUGGGGAGAUUGCACAGCAUGAGCCAGUACGACACAGCGAGCGCGACACGCAUUCUCAUGAUGAUAGCGAACUCUGGAAGCGGAGAGGCGGAGGCGGUGGAGGUGGUCGCGGCGGCGGCGGCGGCGGCGGCGGCGGUGGCGGCGGUGGCGGUUCUUCUGGUACCUCGGGCUCGGGCUCUACCGGCGGCGGCGGCAGUUCUGGGACAAGAGGCUCUCCUGGCUUCAACUCGGGCGGCCGGACCUCAACCGGAACCGGCCCAGCACCCGCAUAUGGCGGUGGCGCAUAUUACGGCGGUGGUGCCGCAGUGCCUUAUAGGGCUGGUAGACCUUCGCCCGCCCGCGGCGUUGCCCCCCUCUUCUUUGGAGCUGCUUUCCUCGCCUUCUGGCCUGGCCUCUGGCUGACCAGCGCUUACUUGUACCGCCGUCCCGAGGGCUUCACUUUCUACAACAUCACCACCGACCGGAGAGAGACCAAGCCUGUGAUUUGCGCCUGCGCCGAGGACAGCGUCUGCGGCUGUGACGACAAUGACGACGAGCAGUACAUGAAGGACUUGAUCGGCAAUGGAAGCUACGCGGCCCUCGACAAGUCUGUGAUUGACGUCGCCAAUGUCAACGGAACCAGCACGAUUCUGAUCAACGGUACUCUUCCGGAUGGCACCACUGCUCCCGGCGGCACCGACGCUCCUGGCUCUGCUGCUGGUGAUGGCCUGCGUGCUCUUUUGGAGAAUGCUGGGUGGUGGCCAGUCGUUGCUACUGUUGCUGCUGUUGUCUUCACUGCUUAAAACGUUGUUUUCGCGCGGAUACCUAGAUUUCGUUCACUUGUGUUUUUGUACCAUUUUUUGUAAGGGAACGAAUGGGCACAUGUAAAAAAAAGGGACAACAAACAUAACGUUCGCUUCUCUGUUGAAUAUGGCUUUUUCAGGGCGUUUAUAUGGGUUUAUUCCGAUACCCCAGGGGGAAGAGAAAUAAGGGCUUCAUUCGAUGCAUAUAUGCGUAAUGAUAGAUACGAUAAUUAUAUAUAUACCACGCUCACUUUUUACACCAUAAUCAUAUGUGGCUUAACUGUUGAUAGAUACCAGAUAUGGA